UCAGAGUUCACCGGGAACCGGGUUCUGUUCCUUACAUAUAUAAAAACUGCGAUGAAAUUCUGGUGAAAAAUGCGGUAGUUUUGGGUGAAGUUUGCGGAGAAUGGAGCCGAUUUCUCCCAUCCUGGCCGCCCCAAGCCCUACAUGGGGGGAGGACAGCGUGACCUUGAUCCAAGCUGUACAGCGAGGUGAUGUCACAAAGGUCAACGACCUCAUCAAGAGUGGCUGUGACGUCAAUAAGAAUGAGGAGACCUUCCUUGGCGCAUCAGCAGUUCACGUUGCAGCACUGAUGGGGAACACAGAGGUCCUUGACCUUCUGCUGACCUUGGGGGCAAAGGUCAAUGUGAAUGACGGGGGCACAUAUGGAACCCCCCUGACGUAUGCAGUGAUGAAGUCCCAGGCUGACUGUGUGCGAUCACUCAUCAGCCACGGAGCGGAGGUCGACGACCUUUCCACUGAGAUGAUGGAGAGCCUAUGGAGGUUAGCUGUGGAUGAGGCGGAGGUCGGCAGGUUCGACAUUUUGAACCACCUGCUGGAGAACUACGAAAAACCACAUGACACCAGAAAGCUUGUAGAAAACAUCUCCCGGAUGACCAAAGCAUGUGACGUUGAAGUCCAGACUAUGGAAGGGCGGAUCGAAGCCGUCCAAACGGCGGGAUUUCCCGAACUUUCCCGCGCUCUCGACCGCGACCGGCUGGACCACGUGAAGGAGUUCCUGUCCAUGCGCGUCGUGGCACACACCUUCGAGGACGUCGCACUCUCGGUACGUUCCAUCUCUCGUGAGAAGCCAGUCCGUACACUAUACCUGUUAAACACCAUGAAGCCAGGGUUUUUCCCGUACGAAGCCUUCCAGGAAGAGAAGUGGUCGAAGCUGUGUUUGCUGAUGGGCGUCAAUGGCGAAAUACGCAAGGUUCCCAGCAUGCCGUUCCACAGGUCCCAGCUGACUGUGCUGGUCCUGCUGAACACCCGCCUCACCAUGCUGCCUGAUGACAUCGGAGAGCUGUCCAACCUGGAGGUCCUGAGGGUCAGCUUCAACCACAUACGCAGCCUGCCGGUAGGCAUUGGGAAGUGCCACGCACUCCGCUACCUUGCGGCUGACCACAACUCACUCCGGGAACUUCCACACGAGCUCGGUCAGCUGGCCAACACGCUGGUGUCCCUGUUUGUCAACAACAACGAGAUCACGAAGCUGCCGUUUGAGCUGGGUUUGCUGCGUCAGCUGCGUUACCUCCAGCUGCAGGAGAAUCCGGUGGAGUUUCCGCAGCCCAACAUCCUGGCACAGCCACUGCAGCACGUUCUGGCGUACCUGCGGCCGUACCUGGGGGAAACCGUGGAGGAUCGAACUGUGCGGGUUGUCCUCAUGGGGGGCAAGGGUGUAGGGAAGACGACCUUGUUGCAGGGCAUGCAGCGUAAGUACUGGAUCGGAACCGUGCCAGACCCGGCAAACACCGCGUACAUCGACAUUGCAGACGUCAACCUGCCGGAGAUACAGCUGCGAGUGUUUGACCUUGCGGGAGACGACGGUGCCACGUUCCAGACCCAGCUGCCCUUCCUCCCGCGCCGCUGCCUCUAUCUGGUGACCUUUGACCUCAGCGUGGAGGUCGUUGACCCGGACAGUGACCUUACGGACCGACUUGAGGCUUCGCUGACGAAGAUCGGUGAGCACGCUCCGAUGGCGUACGUGAUUCUGGUGGGGACGCACGUCGACGACAAACGACUAAACAAGGACAUCCUCGACUACACAUGGGGCAAGGUAAGGGCAGUGAACGCGUUGUUACAGCGAGCGCGCCCGUCCCAUCGUGAAACGUUUAGUGGCGAAGCUUCCAUCGGGAACUGCCUGCUGUGCCAGAAAGCCGACCAUCUCUACCGCGUGUCCGAAACCCGUAACGGGCCCGGGUACGUCACGGUGGACAGCUUUCGGCAGCGGAGCCCGUCGGGAGACCUCGGGCGGAGGUGGAGCUUUGGGAAAGCGGACGAAUUCGAGUCUCCGCACAUCCUGGGCUACUUCGAGGUGAGCGGCAAGCGUCCCUGUCCGAAGCCUCUCUUCAGCAUCAGUAACCGGAUCCACAAUGAGAGCAUCGAACAGCUCAAAUACGCCAUGGAGGGUUACGCCCAGCUUCUGCGUGAUCCUUGCCCCAACAUCCCGAAAAAAUGGAGCGAGAUGAUCCGAUUCCUGCGCUACGAAGCUCCGACACAAAACGCCCACCUCCAGACUCACCCAAUCAUGCCGUUUGACGUGUACUGUGCCAUCGCGAUGACGUGCGGGAUUCUCUCAGAAGAGGAAAUCACUGUGAUGACUCAGCAUUUCCACCAGCAGGGCGUCUUCCUGCACUACUCCGACGCGCCACAACUGGCCAAUCACGUCUUUCUAAGCACCAAGUGGCUGACCAAUCAGCUGGGGAAGCUCCUGUCACAUGACCGGGAGAAUCCACCAAUCAGCAGUGAGGGAUACCUGGAGCACAGCCUCCUGCCAGAGGUGUGGCCUGAUGUGGAGGAGAGGUACCAUGGGAUGCUGCUGGACCUGUUCAGACAUGUCCGCAUCAGUGUCAAGGUUUGUGAUUUGGAGCAGGACAUUUUCCCGGGCCGAAUCCCCGCCUGUCGUCCGGAAGAGGUGAUCUGGGAGUCAGAGUUGUCUCCGGAAGAAAACCAGAUCACGUCGGUGUUCAGCUUCGACCGCUACCCACUCUCGUUCUUCUCUACCCUGGUGGCUGCGGUGGAAUGUGACCGCGCCCGAUCCAAACUGCUGGUCAAGAACCCAGCUGUGUACAGACAGAACCAUGUGGUGUACGUGAGCAGCAGCGUCCCGACCGGCUGUCCGGUCUGCCGACGGAGGCGAAACAUCUCCCAUGGCGACGCCUGGCACGUCCGCGAGGCGGAGAAACUCGACACUGCAGCCUCCGAGGAAAACAGCGAGGACUCCCGUAUCGCCGAAGACUCCCGAAUCGCCCACCUCCUGGACGUGCCAGAGUUUUCAGAGGAACAGAAAUCGCGAUCGACAUCCUCAGAGUCUCUGGCCCAGGAGGAGACCGAUUAUGAGCCAGAUCUACCGGAGGCCGACCAGCAGAAGUCGGCGGCGGUCGUGUUCGAGAGUUCUGACAGCGAGAGUUCGUCGCGAGCCGACUUCGUGCCGACACAGAAGAUGCACUUUUACCUGAACCCCAGGAGCCGCAGCCUGGAGGUCAUAGUUCGCGGUGAGCGCCCAUGUUGCGGAAUGGAACACGUGCGAGAAAUCCUGCGAGAAAUCUUCGCUGGAAAACCGUCGGCGGCACUGACCCAGCGGGAAAAGGUCGUCUGCCCCUGCUGUUUGCUGGAGGGAAACCCCGCGCCAGCAUUCUUCCCUCGCGACGAAGAGAACAGCCCGGAUCCAGAGGGGGUGCAGGCCACCCGGCGGAACAGCCAGCAGCAGGAUCCGGAGGGGGUGGAGCUCACCUGUCGUAACAGCCACGUUCUCGGCACCUGGAACGACCUUCUGAAGGGCACAAUACCGGAACGCUUCCGGAAGAGGCUGCGGAGCGGUAACCAUGGGAACCGGGAUGCGGACAGCAUCGUGUGUCCCGCCUGCGUUUUAGAGAAGCUUCCGGAGCCAGCUGUGUUCGAACAUGACACUGUGGGUGUGGAGGAGGGGCGGAAACUGCUGGUAUGUAGAAACGGCCACGAGUUGGGCACCUGGGAAGACAUCGCGAACGGGAAAAUCCCGGAAAAGUACAUCCAUCAGAACGGAACAAACCUUCCCGCGAACGGAAACGGCCUAGAGGUCACAGAACAACAACAACAGGUCAUAUCUGACCAAUCAGAGGACAAGAGAGUUGUUGACAAUACAGCUGUUACCAUGGGAACAAACCGGGAAAUCGUAAACAGCAGCAAUGCAAACAACAACAACAACAAAGACACGCUGGCGUCAUUUCCGCUGCUAGAGCAGAUGCAAAGGAUGAUGGGAGAAAGUCCGUCAGACGAGACGCUCAUGAACCAACCACAAACAGAUACAAACUCGCUACAUCUCGAAUCGCCACAUGUAGACUCGCAACAUCCCGAUUCGCCACAUAUUGACUUGCCACAUCCCAGAACCUCCAAACGGAAAAGCCGUUCUGAUGACUACCCCCAGGAACAGAAUCCGUUUGAAGAGCCUUUUGGUAGUACUGAAAACAGCGCCACCUUGCAGUAUCCGGAGGAACUGAACCCGUUCCAGGAGGUGGAGGAGCGAGUGGCGACGAUUCAGGUGGACGAGAUGUACAUCAGCAGUCCUGUGGACAGCUCCAGUGUGCUGGGCCCUGGGGACAACGCAGUGCAGUAGCGCCCCCAUUCAGUGUUUAGCAGAACUGCAGUUAAAAUGUUACCAACAAAGCAGAUGUUUUAGUGGCCGCAAAAGACUGUGUCCAUCUGCCACUGGAUGCAUCCGAUGCAGUAAAAUUCCUUCUAAAAUUCUGCAGUAAUUGUAGACAGCUCCAGUCUUCUGGGGCCAGGGAACAAUGCAGUGCAGUAGCGCCCCCAUUCAGUUUUAGCAGAACUGCAGUAACUAUUCCCCCCCCCCCAAGGUGCUAUUCAAAAAGGCUUCAUCUGGUCAGUUCUCAUCGUUCAAAACCUAUUUCUCAGAAGAGAAAUUAAUUUUGAAUGAAAACAAAUGGUUUUGAACAAAGAGAAAUGGGUAUUGAACAAUCAGACAUUGGUUUUGAACGAAGAGAAAUUGGUUUUGAACGAAGAGAAAUAGAUUUUGAACUAUGAGAACUGACCCAAUGAAGCCAUGUUGAAUUGUACCUUUGGUCUUUCGUAAACCUGAACCCAAUGAUGCAGUAAAGUACCUGUGGACAGCCCUGGGGUCAGUGCAGUGCAGUAACGCCCCCAUUCAGCAUUCAGCAGAACUGCAGCAAAAAAUAUUCCCCCUUCCUACUGAUGCAGUAAAGUACAGAAUGUACCCAUGAUUUAUUACUAUUGAUGAAUGGUUACUGAUCAAUGACUGAUUGAUUAGUAUAGAUUAAUAGAUUAUAUUUAACUGGUCAACAGUUGCACUACAGGUGAAGAUAUGGAUCCACAGAAUGGCUGCUUCAGUUUUAAAUUUUGUGAGCUCCACCGAUACAACAGCACAUCACACUGCUUGAUGAAUAGUUGACCAAUGAGUAAAAAAAAGUGGCUUAGAUUUGACCUAGGAGCACAAUGAUAUUGUAUUUUCUCGCUCUAAAUAAAGAAAAUGUAUAUUCUAUAUAUAUAUUAAAGCUAUGAAGUUUUCUGGACCCACCAAUCCAAAGUACUUAGUGAAUUCACCUCACCGAUUGGCCACCCCCACCAUAGGACAGUUUGGAACAGUCCGACCUACUUAUUGCUGCUAGAACAAACCAAGUGUUUGGCUAUUCGGGGGUGUUAAACAGCUGUUUUACCAGCUCUUCGGUGUUACAAACAGAAAGAGGUGUUGAGACCAAAAAAAAAACCCAUCCUGGAUGUUUAAAUGAUUCUCUAGCUUCCCACCGUUACACAAGAAAACAGUUACUCAAGCAAGUAUUUUUUAUUAUACAUGUACCUAUUUUAAUGGUUCUGGAAUUCUAAGCAGUUUGGAAGUCUAUUCUAGAUUGGCUAUGUUGGGUAAUCAUUGUUAAAUUAUCAUAUAAUAGUUAGGCUUCAAAAUUGUAAUUGAGACUUAAGUAGCAGUUGUUAAUUACAAUGCAAAAUGUCUGCAUUGACCAUGUUUUUGCCUGGCUGGAAAGUAUUUUGUCUAUAUGAUAAGCUUUUAGAAAUUGUACAAUGCAAGUUGAGAUCCCUCACAGAGGGUAAAUUCUUUGCUAAUUAUGCUAGUAUAAUGUGUCUAUUUAUUGAUUUUAGUAUAAUGUUUCUAUUUAUUGAUUAUGUCAACAGAUAUUUUAUAAUUAUUGUUUUGCAAAUGCCACCAUAGAGGUAGUCUGAUUUGUACCUCCAUAAUGCCACCAAUAGAUGUUUGUUAAGUGUGAAAUAUUGUA